AUGUUUACAGUGCAGCUGACUCUUGGAGAACAGACAUGGGAAGCUGAAGGAACCAGUAUUAAAAAGGCCCAUCAUUCAGCAGCUAGCAAAGCUUUGAAUGAAAGUACUUUCCCAAAACCAACACCUAGACCACCGAAAAACAGUGUUAAUAAUAAUCCAGGCAAUAUUACUCCAACAGUGAAGCUGAAUGGUCUUGCUAUGAAAAGAGGAGACCCUGCCAUCUAUACACCAUUAGGUCAAAAGCCAGCCCCAAACUACAGAGUAAAUUAUAAUUUUUGUGGCAUGUACAAUCAGAGAUACCACUGCCCAGUGCCUAAGGUUUUCUACGUUCAGUUAACUGUAGGUGAGCAUGAGUUUUUUUGUGAAGGAAAGACUCAACAAGCUGCUAGACACAAUGCUGCAGUGAAGGCACUUCAAGCUCUUCAGAAUGAGCCAAUCCCUCCAAAAUUACCUCAGAAUGGACAGCCAGGAAAUGGAAUGGAAGAAGAAAAAGAUGCAAACAAGUCAGAAAUCAGUAUAGUAUUUGCAAUGGCACUGAAGCGCAACAUGCCUCUCAGUUUUGGGAUAAUUAAAGAAAGUGGGCCCCCACAUAUGAAGAGUUUUGUUACUCAAGUAUCAGUUGGAGAUUUCUCAGCUGAAGGUGAAGGAAACAGCAAAAAGCUCUCAAAGAAACGUGCUGCAAUAAUUGUCCUGCAAGAACUUCGAAAACUUUCCCCUCUUCCUGUAAUUGAAAAGCAAUUUCAUUUUAAAAAAAAUCCAAGAACAGUAUUAAAAAUUGGACCAGAAUAUGGUCAGGGAAUGAAUCCUAUAAGCCGACUGGCUCAGAUUCAACAAGCUAAAAGAGAAAAAGAACGGUAUCUUCUUCUUUCAGAAAGAGGGAUGCCUCAUCACCAAGAGUUUGUUAUGCAGGUUAAAGUGGGACAUGAACUUACAACUGGAAGAAGACCCAACAAGAAGAUAGCAAAAUGGAAUGCAGCUGAAGCUAUGUUGUUACAGCCUGGCUAUAAAGCUUCUUCUCCACUUCAAGAACAGCCAGAAAUGGCAGCUUUAAGUGCCUUGAAACAGUUUUCAGAGCAUGGACUUGAUCCAGUGGAAGGAAUGAUGAAAGUUGGAAACAGUGCAUUUGAAAAAAAAGUGAAGCACCUGGGAGAAAACAUAGACAAUAAACAGACUAACUCAGGCACAAUCGCUCAGGACUGCAAGGAUUCAAAGGCCAUCAUCUAAGAACUUCCCAGCACUCGUGACUGCCACUGCAUCCUUAUAAACCUGUCAUCAGGCAAUAUGAUGUAUAUGUAGAAGGGAAUGAAAUCCAUUACAAAUGCCAUUAUUUGAGUCUUACAAGAAGGCAACACUGUUCUAACAUGAGAUAUAAUAUUCAUGGUACUGUUUAUGAGCAAGAGGAAAAGAGAAAAUAUUGACAUUUUUUCCUAUCCAUACUGAAAAAAAAAAUUAAUUAUUCAGACUGUUCCAGAGAUAGUGAAAAUCAAAUUCAAUAACUGGAGUAUAAACAGCAAGUAAUUAACUAAGACUUGAUCCUGAAGGAUGGAGGAAGUUAAGUUUACAGUUGAAUAAUGCUCCAGAAAAAAUUGUCAACAUUGAAUUAAGUUUACUUUUUUGUAGUGCAGAAAAAAUUCAGCUUUUCUCAUUAAAAAAAAAAGCUAAUAUUUUCAAAUUAACCAAGGGUAGUGCUGUGAUAAUUGGAGUUGUUGGCUUCAUAUAGCUUCUGUUUUUAUGCCAGCAUUAUGCAUUUUUCCUACUCUU